GGAAAUCCCAAAAUUCCAGAUUGGAAAUCGUGGCUAGCAGGGCCAGAAUUAACAAAAUUUGCCAAAAUCAUUAAAAAUUUUAUUAAUAACCCAAUGCCGACCACUUUCAUGGUUUCCAACCCAGAAUUCUGA